AUGGAACCCAGUUUCCCCCACCCAUCUGAGAAGUCAGAAGUUAAAUCUGAGAAACCUAGUGGUCCCAUGAAACCUAGUGGUCCCAUGAAACCCAGUUCCUUGUUCCCAUCUGAGAAGUAUGGCUCCCUUCCCCCUGAGAAACCCAGUUCUAAAGGUGAGAAAUCUAGUCCUCACAUGGAACCCAGUUUCUCCCACCCAUCUGAGAAGUCAGAAGUUAAAUCUGAGAAACCUAGUGGUCCCAUGAAACCUAGUGGUCCCAUGAAACCCAGUUCCUUGUUCCCAUCUGAGAAGUAUGGCUCCCUUCCCCCUGAGAAACCCAGUUCUAUACGUGAGAAACCUAGUCCUCACAUGGAACUCAGUUCCUCCCACCCAUCUCAGGAAUCCAGCACUAAAUCUGAGAAACCUAGUCCUUACAUGGAACCCAGUUUUUCCCACCCUUCUGAGAAAUCCGGUGCUGAACCUGAGAAACCUAGUUCCUCCCACCCAUCUGAGAAGUCAGAAGUUAAAUCUGAGAAACCUGGUGGUCCCAUGAAACCUAGUUCCUUGUUCCCAUCUGAGAAGUCUGGAUCCCUUCCCUCUGAGAAACCCAGUCCUCGCAUGGAGCCCAGUUCCUCACACCCAUCUGAGAAGUCAGAUGUUAAAUCUGAGAAACCUAGUUCCUCACACCCAUCUUCCUUCACAUCUGAGAAGUUAAACCUCUAG